GAAAAACGCUUGGUAAUGUAAUUUAUAAUAUAUGAAACCUCUGCACUAAAUACGCUACUGUUAAAAUACUAAAAUUUUGACGAAUAAAAGAAGAAAAUAUGUGACAUUUUAUUACAAAAUAUAAACACGAUCUCUUUUAUUUACAUUGUGCUGUAUGUUUUGAUAUAAUUUAUUAUUUUCUAUUCAUAUAUAUUUAUCUAGUUUUAAUCAUGGAACUGCAGUGCAUACUCGGAUUGAAAUGCAAUGACUUUGCAAUGAUUGCCGCUGACCAGAUGAUCAUAAACAGCAUAAUUGUAAUGACUGAUGAACAUGAAAAGAUCUUCAAAAUUGAUGACAAGAUGAUAAUGGCCGUCGUCGGUGAACACGGUGAAACCCAGCAGUUCGUCCACUACCUCAUGAGGAACAUGCAUUUAUACCAAAUAAGGAACAAUUACUCAUUGGACAUCGGGGCUGUAGCGCACUUCGCUAGGCGGAAUUUGGCUGAUGCUAUGCGUAGAUCGAGAUCGUAUAACGGCGCUAUCUUAGCUGGCUAUGACGACAAAGAGGGGGGGCAGCUGUAUUUCCUCGAGGGUCUGGGUGUCAGUCAACAGAUGCCGUUCGCUGCGAUUGGCCUGGCUGGCAUGCUGAGUGUGGGCGUCCUGUGUCGGUAUCACAAGCCAAAUCUAACAGAAGCAGAAGCGUACGAGGUACUAAAACUAUCAACACAAGAAAUCCAGCAGCGUUUCAUCGUGCAGCUGCCCAAGUUCCAAGUGUCUUUGGUGUCAAAAGAUGGCGUCAAGCAGUUACCGACGUUACAGCAUGGAUCGUAAUAAACUUUGAGGUAAA